AUGGACACAGGACACCGUGUGGCGGCAUAUCGUUUCGUCGCCUAUGCCGCGGUCACAUUCUCCGUGGUGGCGGUGCUCUCCGUUUGCGUCACACUUCCAAUGGUUUAUAACUAUAUUCACCAUGUGAAGCGAUCGAUGCGUCUGGACAUCAAAUUCUGUAAGGGUUCCGCCAAAGAAAUCUGGGGUGAAGUAGCCCACAUGAGAAGCAAUCCCAUAGCCAACAGAACUACUCGUCAAGUUGGAGGCUCGUGUGACGCCUGUUGCAUGCCAGGUCCUCCAGGACCUCAAGGGGCUCCAGGUAGACCUGGUCGACCAGGCGCCCCUGGAUCCCCGGGAAUGCCAGGAGCUCCCGGACGCCCACCGAUGCAGCCAUGUGAGCCUAUGACUCCUCCGCCGUGCCGUCCAUGCCCAGCAGGACCUCCCGGUCCUCCUGGGCCAGCUGGACCUCCAGGACCACCUGGAGCGAAUGGAGCAGCUGGUAUGGUCGGCGCUGCUGCUCCACCUGGACCACCAGGACCCAGAGGACCGCCAGGACCACCAGGAAAACCUGGAGGGCCUGGAAUGCCAGGACCUCCUGGAGAGAACGCAGUUGGAUCACCAGUAAUGGCAGCAGGCCCUGGUCCUAUGGGACCACCCGGACCUAUGGGACCACCAGGUCCUCCAGGACAACCUGGAAUGGCAGGACGAAUGGGAGCACCAGGACCUAAAGGACCACCUGGUCCAAACGGAAUGCCUGGAGCACCAGGACAGCCGGGAUCGCCAGGAAUGGCUGGUGCAUCUGGAGCAGCCGGUGAACGGGGAAUCUGUCCAAAGUAUUGUGCCAUCGACGGUGGAGUAUUCUUCGAAGAUGGAACACGUCGUCGUCGCAAGAAGUAG